UUCUUUAUCGACCCCAUAAUGUUCGAAAGUUGUGGCGUCCAAAUCCCCCAAGGCCGAAUUGCAAUUCCUAAUCGGAUAAUGGAGUAUCUUGACGACAUUACUUUAUUCAAGUCUGCAGUUGCCGACUAUUUUAAAAAUGUUCAUCAUUGGAUACCAGUCAUCUCUCGCAUACGCCUCCAUAAUCUGGUAUCCAAUAGGCCGCUCCAUCAACAAGACCCAGAUUCCAUCUUACUUCUCCUGUCUAUAAAAUUAAUUUUAUCAAUACCGAACCAAAAUAAGAGCCCACCAGAAUUGUAUACUAAUACUAAACAAUUUUUCUUCUUGGUUGAGGCGGCCGGUUGUUUUACUCUCCAGAUGGUCCAAGCAGGCAUUAUGAUUGCUCUCUAUGAGUUGGGUCAUGGUAUCUAUCCAGCCGCCUUUUCUACCAUUUCAACAUGUGCCAGAUAUGGAACUGCACUCGGAAUCGAUGAACUAAACAGAGCUGAUCUCACGAGUGCAGGCGGAGAGGAAAAAGUCCGAGUGUGGUGGGGAGUCCUCCUUAUUGACCAUAUUCUGAAUAUCGGGGUUCACGGGCGCCAGCUCAGCACUCAGGGUCCAAAGAGUAACCAGCCAUUACCGAUGGAUGAUGACGACUGGGAUCGACUGGUAGCCAUGCCCAGAGAGCCCCAGCGACUUUCCAACCCAACAGAACUAAAGGCAGGCAGCUUUGCUCGAACAGCACAAGCUAUAAAUCUCCUAAGUCAGGUUUUCCAAUACCUGGGUAACCUUAGAGCUGGUCUACAGUUAGAAUUCGAGCAUCUCGAUCAGCUGAAUCGAACAAUUUUGUCACUGAGUAAUCUAGUGGAGGAAGAAAGUGCCCAAAGAGGGAUUCUUCUGUGUUGCCCUGUUGGAUUUUGUAG